AACAAAUUUAGCACAGUUCCCUGUGUGCAAGAUACCAUGAAUUGAGAAUCUACAAUGAACGGCCACAACACCUGGAGACCAUUAUGGGUUCUCCAAAACCCAAAAGCCAGAAAUCAAUAACGCUCACUAUCUGAGUUUCAAAUUUCAAAUGGAGUGGUCUCUCUCACUGGAAUUUUGGUUACUCUCGUUAGCCCUAUAUGACACAGUUUGAGAAUUUAGCUCCCCUCGCUAGAAUUAUUUGAGAAUAUGACCGUUGGAGAAUUUGGCUCCCUCAAAUCCGCGAUCGCGAACACGCACUCUCUCUCUCUCUCUCUACCGGUGGAGUGGAGGGAAGUUCGUGAAGAGAAGCUCGGCUUAGCCACAGACUCGGGAAACUCAAUCGUAUACGCGGCUCAUUUCAAGGUUCAGUCUAUUGGUCCGGGAGAAGGCCCAAUUACAGGAGUUGGCUCUUGGGCCUAAGUGCUAAAACGGACCAAAGAUAUUGUCGUAAUUACCUUUUUCUUACUGUAUAUUUAGAUUAAUACCAAUUUGUUUUUAGUUUUUCAAAUUAUUGAAGUUUUCGAUGUGUGUUCUUAGAUAACAGACCAAAUCCUAGAUUUCUUGCUUAGUUCCUUCAUGCUCGCAUUCACUUUUAUUGAGAAACCGCCAUGGCCGCCGGCUCCGGCGCCAGCAACUCAAACAGACGCAAAGCCAAGAAGAUGAAGAGUAUCUCUCAAAACGAAAAUGACAAGCGUUUCACCCAAGAAGAAAUCCUAACUCUCGUAAACAACGCCGCCGCCGCAGCUCACUCUUUCCUCUCCCAAAACGACAUCCUCCUCCUCCCUUCCCAAACCCUAGCCCUAGAAUCCCUUAUCUCCUCUGCCCUCCUUUCUCUUCGUCGCUUUAACCUCCAACCUCUAUCUCUGCACUCUGCCCCUCAUAAUCCGCCAGAGCCAGGCCAAUGCUGGUUCGGCCGAUUUCUCUCCAUUGCAGGUGCCGGAGAGCACAGUGUUCUCUGGUUUCAUGCCUUCCGCAUGUCCGAACCCUCGUUCACACUCCUCCUCAGGCUUCUCACCCCCGAUCUCAACGCGGCCGCGGUCCAUUCCUCAGUUCCGGCCAACUUCGUCCUUGCCGCUGCUCUCUACCGCCUGGCACACGGAGCCGGCUACAAGGCCUUGGCGAGACGUUUCGGACUCGGCUCCUCUGAAAAGGCGUGCCGAGCGUUCUUUACCGUAUGCAAGGCAAUCAAUGAGAAAUUGGGGCAUUUUUUCGAGCUUCAAUCCGAUCUUGGUAGGAUUUUGGGUGAAUUUGGAUGGCUUUCGCUGCCGAAUUGCUGCGGAGUUUUGGGUGUCGGAAAGUUCGGCGUCGAUGGCGGGAAGGUCUUGGGGGAGAAUGGGUCGCUUUACGUUCAGGCAUUGGUCGAUUCCGCUGGUAGGUUCUUGGACGUCUCCGCUGGUUGGCCGAGCACGUUGAAACCUGAAGUGAUUUUGCACCAAACGAAGCUCUACAUAGGCGUUGAGGAAACGAGGGAGUUGUUGAAUGGGCCUUGUUUGGAGCUCAGCAAUGGCGGAUCGGUUCCUCAGUACGUAUUGGGGGACUCUUGCUUUCCCCUGCUUCCAUGGCUGUUGACUCCUUACACAAAGUCAAAGAAGGAAGGAGAAGAAGAAGAAGAAGAAGAUGGUUUGACUUCAAUGGAGAAAGGUUUUAACUCAGCGCACCUAAGGGCAAUGAGAUUGGUCAGAAUGGCAUUCGGGAAAGUUCGGAAUCGGUGGCAGCUUCUUUCCAAGCAGUGGAAAGAAGAGUGCCUUGAGUUUCUACCAUUUGUGGUCGUUACAUGUUGUUUGCUUCACAAUUUUCUGAUCAAGACUCGUGAGAUUACGGUUGAAGACGAAGAAGAAGAUAUUGGUAACUCAAAGGAAGAAGAAGACGAGGAGGAGGAGGAGAAGCUUCCUGUUUUUAAUGGAGAAAUGAAUGAGAGUGGACAGAAAAUCAGGGACGCGGUUGCCAUGAACUUGAGCCGGGUAUGCUUGAAAAGAUGAAUGUUUUUUCUUGCAUACUAUCAUAGUUGCUUAUUUCUUUCUCUAAUCGAUUACCGAAUCGGUGCAUAUUAAAAUUUUGGGUUGUAAUUUUAGAAUGAUAUGUGCAUAAUGCAUGUAUAAAUGCAAAUUAUGUAUUAGCAAGUACAAUGUAAGCUGAUUUAUGUACAUAUAGAACUAGCUUUUGGUUAAAUAAUAUGAUUUUCUAUCUAA